AAUAAAUCCUUCGAUGGCUGUUUUACUAAUCGUCUUUUGUGCACUGGUGAUCUACGUGCUGUACAAACUUUGGAUGAGGCCUCGGAAUUUCCCACCAGGUCCUAGAGGAGUGCCUAUUUUGGGGUAUGCUCCCCUGAUGGGAAAAAAGGAGCCCCUCUUUAAACUGAUUCUAAAUCUGUCGAAAAAAUAUGGCGCAGUGACCGGUUUCUACUGGGGGCCAACCCAACCAUUUAUUUGUGUCGUUGGACCGCAAGCUGUGAAGGAAGCGCUGCAAAAUAAGGAUCUUGAUGGUAGACCUAGCGGUGCAAUUCUAUUGAGCAGAACGUUUGGAAAGAAGCUAGGUUUAAUGUUUGUUGAAGGCGAUUUCUGGCAAGAGCAGAGGAGAUUCGUUCUCCGUCAUUUGCGUGAUUUGGGCUUUGGAAAGACAUCCAUAGAGAAUCAGAUGAUGGACGAAAUUAACGAUUUGAUAGUGGACAUCGCCGCAGCGGCGGGAUCUAAUCCCGACAAUAUUGUAGACUUCAAAAGCAUGUUUGCAGUGUCCGUCAUUAACAUUCUAUGGGCGAUCCUUGGAGGCCAAAGAUUCCGUCGUGACGAUGAAAAGUUUAAAAAACUGUUGGCCAAUGUGGAACAAUUUCUACGGGGCGGAAACGCCCUGACAGCCAACAUUCCCGUUCCUGUUUUCCUCGUUCGUUCAUUCCCUUCUAUACCGAGGCUACUUGGUACCAAUACGCAAUUAUUCAUUCCUCUGCAAAAAUUCAUCAAGGAAACGAUACAACAACAUCUUUCCACAAGAUCCAAAGGAGAUCCUGCUCGCGAUUUCAUCGAUGUCUACCUCGACGAAAUAAAGGCCCAAUUGGAAAAGAAUACAUCCACCAGCUUCAGCAAAAAGCAGCUCAUUGCUAUAAUCCAAGACCUGUUCGGCGCAGGAUCAGACACCUCUUCAAGUUCCAUCGGAUUCGUCAUUCUUUACCUGAUUCACUACCCAAAGAUCCAGCAGAAAAUGUGGGAGGAAUUAGAUUAUGUUUGCGGACAUGCUCUUCCGUCCUUUGCUCACCGAUCGAGGUUGCCGUACACAGAAGCUGUUCUGAUGGAAGUCAUCAGAGUAUCUAGCGUAGCUCCGUUGGCUGUCCCUCAUUGCGCUGUGAGGGAAACAGAACUCCAAGGUUUCACCAUUCCCCAGGGAAGCAUUAUUGCUGUCAGUCUCAACUCGUUGAUGAUAGAUAAAAGCAUAUGGGGAGAUCCAGAACACUUCCGACCUGAACGUCAUUUAGAUCAAGAAGGGAAGACAUUUCUAAAUGCUUAUGAUUUCAUCGUCAUCGGUGCUGGAUCGUCUGGAUCGGUUGUGGCCAACCGGCUAACUGAGAUGUCCGAAUGGAAAGUCCUCUUAUUGGAAGCAGGGGGAGACGAAACAAUCAUCUCAGACAUUCCAGGUGUUGUUCAUCAUCUCCAACGGACCAAUAUUGAUUGGAGUUACAAAACAGUGCCACAAACAGGAUCGUGUCUUGCAUUUAAAGACAACAGGUGCAUAUGGCCUCGUGGAAAGGUAUUGGGGGGCACAUCUGUCCUUAAUUACAUGGUGUAUGCUAGAGGAAACAAAAAAGACUACGACCAAUGGGAAGCCGAUGGCAAUACGGGAUGGUCUUAUGAAGACGUCUUACCUUAUUUUAUCAAAUCUGAAGAUAACAGGAACCCGUAUAUUGCAGCCAACAAGAAAUAUCAUGGAACAGGUGGUUAUUUAACUGUGCAGGAGCCGGCGUACAAGACACCUUUGCUCACUGCUUUCCUCCAGGCUGGAGUAGAAAUGGGCUAUGAAAAUUUGGAUUGCAAUGCAGAAAAACAGACAGGUUUCAUGGUGGCUCAGGCCACUAAUCGGAGAGGAGCGCGAUGCUCCACAGCCAAAGCGUUUCUGAGGCCGAUUCGUAAGCGAUCCAAUCUUUACAUAUCGAUGCGCUCUAUGGUUCAUAAGAUUAUCAUCGAUUCAUCAACGAAACAAGCUACAGCUGUUCGAUUCGAGAAAGACGGGCAACUAUACGAAGUCAAAGCCAAUAAAGAAAUCAUCGUUUCAGCUGGAACGGUCAACAGUCCUCAAUUGUUAAUGUUGAGCGGAAUCGGCCCGAAAGAUCAUCUGAACACACUGGGCAUUCCGCUGAUGGCAGACCUGUCGGUGGGUGAUAACCUGCAAGAUCACAUCGCCCUAGGAGGAAUGGUUUUCCAAAUGAACAAGCCUUAUGGUGUAGUGGAAGCUCGUUAUUACAGCCUUCCCUCUCUGUUAAACUACACUGUGCACGGAGCAGGUCCUCUAACAUCAUUGGGUGGGACCGAGGGUGUGGCCUGGGUCAACACCAAACAUGCACCAGCGGGAGACUGGCCUGAUAUCCAAUAUCACUUCGUUUCAGCCACGCCAGCUUCUGAAAGUGGCCUGUUCUUCCGCUACAAUACAAACAUGAAGGACAAUGUUUGGAAUGAUUAUUACAAACCCCUUCUAAACACAGACAUGUGGCAGUUGAUUCCCACUUUACUUCGUCCGAAAUCACGAGGAACCAUCCGGCUAGCUUCAAAGGAUCCGCACGCUGUUCCAGUGAUCGACCCUCAAUAUUUUAGCGACAAUGAAGACCUUGAUGUUCUUAUCGAAGGAACGAAGAUCGCUUUAGCUUUGAGUAAAACGGAAGCAUUUCAAUCGUUGGGCACGAAGUUUUACGACAAGAUUUUCCCCGGAUGCGAAGCCUACACUCCGUGGACGGAUGCUUAUUGGGGCUGUUUCAUCCGUCAUUAUUCACAAACCAUUUACCAUCCGGCUGGUACUUGCAAAAUGGGGCCUGUCGGUGACAUCACGGCCGUCGUCGAUCCUCAGUUGAAGGUUCAGGGAAUUAAAGGACUACGGGUGGUUGACUGCUCCAUCAUGCCCAACGUCGUAUCCGGCAACACGAACGUGCCAGCGAUUAUGAUUGGAGAGAAAGCUUCAGACAUGAUUAAAGAGGUAUGGCUGCGACGCAAGACGGACGAGGAAUUACGCCGCAAUUCGAACGUGAUAUAGAUGAUCGUAGGAAG